AUGACUGCUUGGAAAAAUGGUCCAAAUCAUGUGGGUGUUUGUUUGGGUGAGAUGAGACAAAAGAGAAGUGCGGACCAUCCAAGGGUUCGUCCGAAACUUUACGAUACCGAAAAGUAUCGAAAGGCUUUCGAGUUCGACAGCGGGGGACGGAUUCCAGCCACAUCUAUUUGCUAA